CGAGCGAGAGGCGCGGGCGAGGGCGAGAGCGCGGGAGAAAGAGAGAGAAAGACAGACGCGAGUGCGACGGUCGUGUGAUCCAGCUGUUCUGUUGUUGUUGGUGGUGCUGGUGGUGGUGGUGGUGCCGCUGGUGCGAGCCGCGUGCCCCUGCCUGACGGAUGGGGAAGGCGCUCCGACGCACGCCGACGGGAUCCUCGCCGUCGCGCCCCGGACUCUGGACGCGCUCGCGCUGACUUUUCGCUCGCUGACCGGUGUGUAUCCAAUAACCGAUCGGCGCGGGACGCGAGGAACCAGUGGAUGGACUGCCGCAACCGGCCGAAGCUCGAGAGAUGCCGUGGCUGCUUAAGCUCCGGAUUUACGGCUAACAAGGAGUGGCAGUGAUCGAGCAGUGACUGACCGUCACGAUGCGCAUGUCGCUGCUGCUGAGAUUGGUGUUAGCGGCAGCGGGUGCGCUGCUGGCGAGCGCCGAGCUCGUCACCGACGGCCAGGACCACGAGCGGGAACGGGCCGAGCGGCCAGGAACGACGUCGUCGUCGUCGUCGACGACCACGAGCACGACGACGACGACGACACCGACGACACCGACGACACCGACUACAACAAUGACAGCGGCAGCGACGAUUAUGACGACAACGCCGGUGACGCUGAAAGAGACAAGCAAGAAGAAUUCGACAGCGAUGAGUACGACGGCCGCAACGAUCGGGACGAAGAUGACGACGAGGUCGACGACGAUUGCGAGGACGAAGACGACGACGAGAACGAGGCGGCCCGAUAACAUCCACGCGGAUACGAUGGACGAGGGUGAGAAAGCGAGGGUCAUUGCCGGACUCGAGUCGAGCCUGCUGUCGCUCCUCGGCUUCUCGAAGAGGCCGAGGCCGUUGAGGGGACAGGCCCACGUGCCCGAACCCCUCAAGCAGCUGUACAGGAGGCAGAAUAGCGCGGGCGUCGUCGACGUCGCCAAGCGAGGGAUCAACGCCGGGCCAGCCAAUACCGUGCGCUCCUUCGUCCACGUCGAAAGUGAUCUCGAUGAGAAGUUCAAAUCGGCGCAUCGCUUCAGGUUGUCGUUCGACGUGAGCAGCGUCCCGGAAGCCGAGCGACUUCACGCGGCGGAGUUGAGCUUGAGCCGCGUCGUCCUGGAGCGGCGAAGGCCACCCGAAGACGAAAUCACUACAAACGAGAUCGACGGGGACGUGGUGCCGAGGCUCGUCCGGCUGAUGGUCCACGACAUCGUGCGACCGGGUAUAAGAGGCAAAAGCAAACCUCUGCUGCGGCUCAUCGACAGUAAGAUCCUCGACAUAAGAUCGAACGCGAGCGUGAGCCUCGAUGUUCGCCCGGCGGUCGAGCGUUGGCUUUCAAAGACAACCGCGCAAUCGCAAAAUCAUGGACUUCUUGUGCAGGUAAUAGGCGACGCGACGAAACGAAAAAGCCCUUAUCGUCGACAGGAGCACGUGCGACUGAGACGGAGCCUCGACGAGGAACACGAGAGCUGGCAGCGCGUCCGUCCGACUCUCUAUGCUUACACGGAUGACGGUCGUAAAAAGAUGUCAAGCGCGAGUGACAUAAUGGAGCGCAGAGCUCGACGAGCCGCGCUUCGAAAGAAUCGUCGCAAGGAUGGCAGGGAGAACUGCCGUAGGCAUCCGCUGUACGUGGACUUUGCCGAUGUCGGCUGGAACGACUGGAUCGUGGCACCGCCCGGUUACGACGCCUUUUACUGUCACGGCGACUGUCCCUUUCCUCUGGCCGACCAUCUCAAUUCGACGAAUCACGCGAUCGUCCAGAACCUCGUAUACUCGACAAACCCGAGCCUCGUGCCGAAAGCGUGCUGUGUGCCAACGUCUUUGGGCUCGAUAUCGAUGCUGUAUUUGGAUGAGGAAAACAAGGUUGUGCUGAAGAAUUAUCAGGACAUGUCGGUACUGGGCUGCGGUUGCCGCUGAAGGAGCCUUAGAUAGACAUAAUUUUCUGACCUUCUUAACUCAGGAACUCUUUUGAACUACGGCCGUUUGAAGAGUUUGAUUACGUUUUAAUAGUGGUCUGGUGAUAUAGUGAUGAUAGUCUGGUUAUAGUGAUGAUAGUCUAGGAUUUUUAAUAAUUGGAACGCCUUCUCCUAAUGUUGGCUUAGCUUCAGUUUAUAAAAUGUUACGAUGUAACGAGCGAGAGAGCCAUAGCCAUAGGGUAAAUAAAUGAUUAUUGUGUUUUAUAUUAUUGCAAAGACUAGGCGAACUAGAAUGAAUAGAUGAGAAGUAAUUGCCUGUCUAGCGGUGUGCAAAUAAGUAAUAAAUUAAUAAUUAAAUAAAUUUAAAUAUUGCGUCUCGAGAACCUAAAACUGAUAUAAGACAAGAUCAGUGAAAGAGACGACCAAAGCGAAGUAAAAAAAAUGAAAAAAACUGUGCCUCUAGUGUCUUUGUUGAAAAAAAUAAGAUCCAUU